AGAGAUUGUUUCCCAAGUCUACACCGCCAUUGCUUUCCCCUCUAAAUCCCUCGUCAGGUCGUCUUUCUCGGGAUAUUUUUAUCUGCUUUAGGGUUUCUUUCGUCCAGAUCGUAUCUUGCCCAGUUACUUCUGCAGAUUUUUAAUGGUUAAAGCGUAUAGACAAGAGCAUGUAUUCAAGCACCCGUGGGAACGGGUGAGUUCUGCCUCGUGGAGAAAAUUUGCCGACCCUGAAAACAAACGCAUCCUCUCUCACAUCCUCGAGGUCGACACUUUGAACCGAAAACUUGACACUGAAACUGGGAGACUCUACACGACACGAGCCCUUACCAUCCAUGCUCCUGGACCAUGGUUCCUCCGCAAGAUCGUGGGUCAGGAUAUCUGUCACUGUGUGGAAUCCACAGUCGUGGAUGGAAAAUCGCGUUCUAUGCAGCUCACAACCAAGAACAUUAGUCUUCAGAAGUUCAUCGAAGUGGAGGAGAGAAUAAGGUAUGAUCCACAUCCCGAAAAUCCGACGGCUUGGACAAUUUGUAGGCAGGAGACGAGCAUUCGGAUCAAACCCUUGUCGGCUUUGGCCUCAAUGGCCGAGAAAGUUGAGCAGAAGUGCGCCGAGAAAUUCAUGCAAAACAGUGCCAAGGGUCGGGAGGUUAUGGAGAGGAUUUGCAAGUAUCUCGAAGCAGAAUCUUCGGGAAUCUCGAUCCAAAGGUUUUAAACUCUCUUCAAAGAUUUUGUAACACUUUAGCACUUCGCUUCCGAUCAUUGGAAUAACAAAUACAGGGGAAUAUGAUGAACCUUUGAAGUUUGAUGUAAUGUUCAAUUAUACCAUCUAAAGGUAAAGGAUGUAAUACCAAAUCAUAAAUUCGUGGCUA